CUUCCGGAGGAGAAGGGAGAAAGACAGGCCUUCCGGAGAGAGAGGGAGGAGGAGGUAACCUCUGAACAAAUCUUGCAAAGAACACCUUGUGAGAGCUCUGCCCUAGGGAUGCUCUAAGUCUGAAAUGACUUGCAGCUACACAGCAAUGACAGGACCAAGAAAUAAAUAGAAGAAAAAUAUAUUUCAGGCUACAUACCUGUCUAAUCAAGGGGGAAAGGGAAGCCUGUGCUGUGAAAAAAAAGGGCUUAGGAAAGAGACCAGAAGACAGCAGCAAUACAAAGACUGAGAAGAAGAAAUAUUAUUCCCUUCAAGAGUUCAUAUCUGUACCCUUCUGGCUAAUAUUUGAAUCAUAAAUUUAAAGGAAUGGAAAGCCUUCUGCAUCCCUAUUCCACAUUACGCUCAGGGGGGAAGUUUCAUCAGUGUAUGGAAUGUGGAAAAUGUUUCACUGGGAGAAGUUAUCUUACUGUACAUGAACGGACCCACACUAGGGAGAAGCCCUUUGAAUGCAUAGAAUGUGGAAGGAGAUUCAGUCGAAGUGACAAUCUCUUUACUCAUCAGAGGACCCACACUGGGGAGAAGCCAUAUAAAUGCACGGAAUGUGGAAAGAGCUUCAGUCGGAGUGACAAUCUAUAUUCCCAUCAAAGGCGCCACACAGGAGAGAAGCCAUAUAAAUGCAUGGAAUGUGGAAUGGGCUUCUGUCGCAGUGAAGAUCUGUGUUCACAUCAAAGGACCCACACAGAGGAGAAGCCAUAUGAAUGCACUGAAUGUUUAAAGAGGUUCAGUUCUAGUAGCAAUCUGCGUUCCCAUCAAAGGACCCACACAGGGGAGAAGCCCUAUAAAUGCAUGGAAUGUGGAAAGAGCUUUGCUUCUAGCACCAAUCUGUGUUCCCAUCAAAGGUUCCACACAGGGGAGAAGCCACAUAAAUGCAUGGAAUGUGGAAAGAGCUUCUGUCUCAGUGGAGAUCUGCGUUCGCAUCAAAGGAUCCACGCAGGAGAGAAACCAUAUCAAUGUAUGGAAUGUAAAAAGACUUUCAGUUCCAGUAGCAAUCUGUGUUCCCAUCAAAGGUUCCACACAGGGAAGAGGCCACAUAAAUGCAUGGAAUGUGGAAAGAGCUUCUGUCUCAGUGGGGAUCUCCGUUCGCAUCAAAGGACCCACACUGGAGAGAGGCCAUAUCAAUGCAUGGAAUGUGGAAAGAAGUUCAGUAGGAGUAGCAAUCUGUGUUCUCAUCAACGGAUCCACACAGGGGAGAAGCCACAUAAAUGCUUGGAAUGUGAAAAGAGCUUCUAUCACAGUAGAGAUCUGCGUUCACAUCAAAGGACCCACACUGGAGAGAAGCCAUAUCAAUGCAUGGAAUGUGGAAAGAGCUUCAGUAGGAGUAGCAAUCUGUGUUCCCAUCAAAGGACCCACACAGGGGAGAAGCCAUAGAAAUGCAUAGAAUGUGGAAAGACCUUCAAGAAAAACUCCAACCCAACGUCAAGAGAGUUCAGCAUACAGUAAACAUUGAAAAACUCACACAUAGUUUGAGUAGAAGACCUGCCUUUGUGUUUCCUAGUUCUCCUAAAAAGAACCAUUAUAUUUCCCCAGACAAGGGCCCUAUCCCUCCCUAGGCAGAUAAAGCCUUUAUGCGACCACUUGCUCAGCUGGUCCGAGAUUUCGGGCUCGAGUGUUAUCAAUAUGCUGACGACACUCAGCUUGUGUUAAAGAUGGAAGGCCGACCGGAUUCUGUACCCGACAAUUUUCAUCAGUGCCUCAAGGCCAUUAUUGGAUCGUUGCAUUCCAGUAGGUUGAGGGUGAGUCCAGCAAAGACGGAGAUCCUUUGGCUGGGCUGACCAGGCAGUGGGGACAUCCAGUUGCCAAUCCUGGAUGGCGAAGCGCUACGCCCGUCUUCACUAGUAAAGAGUCUGGGAGUCCUCUUGGACCCUUCACUGACGAUGGAGGCCCAGGUCUCUGCCGUUAGCAAAACCGCCUUUUUUCAUCUUCGGCAGGCUAGACGGCUAGCCUCCUAUCUGUCUAGGGACAACCUGGCUACGGUGAUCCAGGCUACGGUCAUCUCGAGACUGGACUACUGUAAUGCCCUUUACAUCGGCCUUCCUGUGUCGGUGAUCUGGAAGCUCAAAUUGGUGUAAAAUGCAGCUGCCCGGCUCCUUGCGGGAGUCCCGAUGAGAUGCCACAUAACACCAAUCUUACAGCAGCUGCACUGGUUACCAAUUGAGCACCGGAUCACUUUCAAAGUGAUGGUAUUUAUUUAUUUAUUUAUUUACAGAAUUUAUACCCCGCCCUUCUCACCCGGGGGGACUCAGGGCGGCUUACACAGUUGUCAGGGCGGCUUACUUACCUUUAAGGCCUUACAUGGUCUAGGGCCGAUGUACCCGAGGGACCGCCUCACUCCCUACAAACCCCAGAGAUCCCUCCGUUCUGAGGACCAAGACCUGUUGGAAGUCCCCAGUUUUAAGGCCUUGCGUCUAACAGCAACUAGACGCAGAGCCUUUUCAGCAGUGGCGCCAUCUCUCUGGAACACCUUGCCACCUGAAGUCCGUGCCUUGCGGGACCUGUUGGCUUUCCGCAGGUCCCGCAAGACACACCUGUUUCGGCAGGCCUUUGAGUUCUGUUAGAUGUUUUAAAAGGUGUUUUUAGGAUGUUUUUAAGAUAUUUUUAAAAGAUGUUUUAAGAUGUUUUUAAAUUGUUGAUUUUAGCCGGUUCUUGUAAGCCGCCCCGAGCCCUAGGGGAGUGGCGGCAUAUAAGUUUGAAAAAUAAAUAAAUAGAUAGAUAAAGAAUGGGAGGAUGGAGGGAAUGAAGAAAGCCGCAGCUUUACUCACCAUCUGUCAUUGAAUGCAGUUCUCCCACACUCUUCACAGUAUUGUAGCAAAUUUGGAAAGAGUUAACCUGACCCCGUGAUCCCUAAGGGAAGCAUCACAGACUUCUGGGAUGCUCUGGGAAGGCUUGCUGAAAUGAGCAGCAGCUGUGACCUCAUGAUAAAAGGACUCUGGAAAAAAACAGCACUUUGGUAGCACAUGAUGUCAUACCUUCAUACACUUGUCCUGUCCCUUGGUUCUGCUGCUCCUCGGUUAGAAUUCUGGAGUUUGAUAUUGUCCAUAUAACCCUGUUCUGGACUCUGUUGUAUCCCAAAUCUUUGGGACUGAUUUCCUGGCUUAAUUUAUGGACUUGGAGUUCAAUAUGUGUGAUGAAUGAAUGAAUGAAUGAAUGAAUGAAUGAAAUUCAAUGAUUGGGUCUGGCUGGGGCCUCUCUGGAAAGACUAAAGACACCAUCCUGAAAAUGGCAUUAUGGAGGAGGUGAAGAAUUUGAUUAACUUUGGCGUGAAAAGUGCUAAUGAAGAAAACUGCUGAAUUGAUGAGAACUGACCUGAGAACGUUGGGUGUAAAUAACACAUGUACAUAGUCGGAAACAAUUACUCUUUAAGUUUAGUAAGUUAGACAAUGGCCAUUUACUAUUAUUAUUAUUAUUAUUAUUUUAUUAUGACACAGCAAACAAGAUAGACAUGCUGGAUUUCAUAUCACAAAAUCACAAGUCAAACACUUCCCAAGUGUCUAGGACUGUGUGAUGUAUUUUCGGAUGAUGCGUGCAGAUCCCAGCAGGGUGGCCUUUUGCAGUUGGCAGAUCGUAAUUUUGUCAAUGUCUAUUGUUUCCAAAUGCCGGCUGAGAUCUUUUGGCACGGCACCCAAUGUGCCCAUCACCACCGGGACCACCUGCACUGGUUUCUGCCAGAGUCUUUAUUAUUAUUAUUAUUAUUAUUAUUAUUAUUAUUAUUAUUAUUAUUAUAUUUGCUCAAUCUCUCCCAAAGGGGACUCAGAACGGCUUAACAUAAAAGCAUUAGAAUACAAUUUAAAAUAUACAGAUAUGCAACCAUUAAAACAAAAUUAAAUAUAAACAGUAUUUUAAAAUCCACAGUUAAAAUCCAUUAAAACAUAUUCCAAGUUAAAAAACAGCACCCCCUGACUUGAUCUUAAAAACAUCUUUAGAAGCUUUAACCUUCCUUUAAGUUAAGUUUUAAACAUCUGUUCAAAAAUGGAAGAGGCUCUAGCAACUCUUAGCUGAAUGACAAGUUGUCAAUCAAGAAGAAGAAAAAUAAAAAGUGCUACAUAAAAGACCCAUUUACUCUCUCAAAGUGUGAUGAGUAUGAAUGUUGAAAUGAAUGGAUUGAGUGAAUGUUAGAAUAUAUGUAAAAUGUCCCCUUUUGUCUGUGUAACCAAUAUAGCAAUUAUAAAACCCAGCAAACAUGCAUAAAAUGACACAUAAUAAAUACUUUUAAAUUCAUAAAAUGCAGCAGUGCCUAUGGAUAAAAUUGACAGUCUUAAAUUAGCAAUCCAAGUGCCAGAUUAAAGCAGUCACUAAGUCCUCGCAUAUAACCAUUAAAAUCUACUCCAGAUCAAAGACCUGUCUAAAAAGCCAUGUUUUUAGACGAGACUGAAAAGCUUGGAGAGUGGGGGCUAACCUUGGGAGGUUAUUCCAGAGCCAGGAGGCCACCACCGAGGAGUCCCUCUCGUCCCCACCAUCUGUACUUAGAAUGGUGGUUGGACCGAGAGGAGGGCAUCCCUGGAAGACCUCAGAGCCUGCGCCAAUUCAUAGAAGAUGUGGUCUUGAAGAUAGGUUGGACCCGAAGUAUAUAGUGCAUUAUAGGUAAUAACAUGCAUUUGGAAUUGGUCCUGGAAACUUGUCGGUAAUCAGUGGAGCUGCCUUAAUGGGGGCGUAGUAUGCUCCCUAUAGCUAUCCCCCCGUUAGUAACCCUACCCCCUCCUGACUGCUUUCUUACUAAGGGAUAACACAUUGUAGGGCCACUUCAUAUCUAUAUGUUAUAUCUCUAGAUUCCACCUGAACAGGGCUUGGUUAUGGCACAUUAGGAGGCCCAAACAUCACCUCUCCCAUAGAGCUUAUUUUAUAUCUGCUUUUAAUUAUGAUCUGUAUUUUAUCAUUUUAUUGUGCUAUGUUUUAAUGUAUAUUUGCUUCUGUUUUUAUAAUUGUAUACGGCAUCAAAUAUUUGCCUUUUGUAUGUGUAAACCCCCUGAGUCCCUUCGGGGAGAGAGGGCGGGUGCGAAAUAAAAUUUUAUUAUUAUUAUGAAAACGUGUAUAGUGUCUAGA